AUGGCAAUAAGAAAAGAAGAGUUCAAUAAGGACAAAGAACAAGAAAUAAAUUUUAAUGAAUAUAAUAAUCACAAAUCUGAAAUAAUCAAAAUAUUAACUAAUUAUGAAGAGUUAAGAAAACGUGAGUUUGGUGAUGAAAUAAAACAAGUUCUAAUAGUAUACUUGAAAAAAUGUAUAACAAAAUCUGUUCUAGCUAAAAUAAAAACUCAAGCAUUAGGAUGUUUAACAAGUGUAAUGACAGAUAAAGUAAUUGAUCAUAUAAAUGAUAAA